UAGUGAUAAAUCCGUUUGUAUUGUUUGUUUCGGUGCACCAUGGCCGUCUCCGUGAGCUGGGUUUACCAGUUGCACAAGACCGAUUUGGCGCUGCAUCUCGAGGAAAAUGGUCUGCCCGUGGCGGACACCGAUACCGUCGCCGAGAUGAGGGCGCGUUUGGUUGACUACCUGCGUAAAUCCGCAGGAGCCGCAUCUGAAGUCACGACCAGGCAGCCCCCAGCUGAUUUUCCUUCAAGCGCGCGCGCCUCCUUUCUACCCCUCCCUUGGGCUGUGCGCGGACAACUCUACGAGAAGCCUGCUACGUCUCUGCUUUGCCGCUGCCCCUCCGCCCCCUACGUCGCCAGCCCUUGACUGCUGCGGGGUG